AUGGUAUUUCGUCUGUCAUGUUGCAAUGGUAACAGACUAGGUUCCGAGGGUCUAAAUGCAACUGGCUCUAAUGUCAUUGCUCUUCACUUGAACCUGCUUCACGUUUCCCCAGUUCCUGUGGGUAUUAUCUUUGCCCGUGUAUUUGGUAGAUUUGAAAGAUCAUACGACACUUUUUUGUUUUCAACAGCUGUUCUCUGCGUCGUUGUGGCGGACAAUCACAAUGGCUUCGGAGGCAACGGCAACGGCUUCGGAGCGCCUCCUCCCAGCAAUGGCUAUGCGCCCCCAAGUAACACAUAUGGCACGCCCAAUGGAGCCUACGGAGUAGACCCUGAGAUUGCUGCUUUGGCUGAGAACAUUCCCGGGGGCGGUGUCCCCGGCGAGGACUACCCCAUUUUGGCUUCCGUGCCCGACACCGGCUUCUCGUGCGAUGCCCAGGCGGUGCAAGGUUAUUACGCCGACACUCAAGCUGGCUGCCAGGUGUUCCAUAUCUGCCAGGACCGUGCCCUCAGGCGCCAACAGGACUCCUUCCUGUGCCCCAACGGUACCAUCUUCAACCAGCAGUACCUGGUAUGUGACUGGUGGUUCAACGUGGACUGUUCUCAAGCUGAGAGCUUCUACUCCGUCAACGAACUCAUCGGAGUCGUUCCCGACGCCGGAUAUGCUUAUGCUGCUGCCACCAAUGGUCUUGCCAUUGGCAACGGCAACGGAUAUGGAAAUGGAAGGAAAUAAAACGGAACUCAGAAAGGAAACGGAUCUUUCUUCUGUCACCGAACUCCUUUCUAGCAAAUCUCACAACAAUGGUAUUGUAAAUAUGCGUAGAUAGUUAUUUAUUCAAGCUUCGUUGCAUCAAAUAGGGAAUCGAUUAAAAUGUCAUAUAACAAUAAUAGUAAUAAUACUAC